AUGCGCAAAGGCGAGCGCCAGCGGGCCCAGAAGGAAGGAACGGCGGGACAAGACCAGACAAGGCAGGCAGGCAGCGGGGCGCAGCCAGGGGAAAGCAGGAAGCAGGAAGCAACGGGAGGGAUAAGAGAGAAAGAAAAGCGCAAGGGAAAAAAGGGAAAACGAAAGGAAGGAAAAGCGAGGGGCAAGCGGGCCAGCAAGAAGGGAAGGGAGGAGGAGCGGGGGGGCGAGCGCCGCGGAGCACCAGGAACGCACCAAGCAGGCAGGGAGCAGACGGCCGCAAGAGCGCGAGAGAGAAGCGGGACGGAGGGCGGGGAGCCGGGGAGGCAGGGCGGCACCAGACAGCACCGGCAACAACGGCGCCGAGGCGGCCAACAAACCCACCGGCGCGGGACCAGACAGGGCGGGCCAAAAAAGGGCGCGGCACGGACGGGGCGGGGGCGCACCAAUGGUGGAGGGGCGGAGGCGCGGGGAGCGGCGAGGAAGGAGCGAGACCGAGGCCGGACGCGGGAGCGGGAGCGAGGGGAGGGGGAGGGGCGGGCAGGGGCGGGCAGCAGGAGCACAACAGCAGCGGAAGGAGCGGGGGGCAGGGCAGGCAAGCGCAACACGGGGCGGGACAGGGAAGACAGCCGCCGCCCGCAGGGGGAGGGACCCGGCCGGCAGGCGCAGGCCGGACAGGACGCGCCAGCCAGGCAAGGCCACCAGCCAACGGCGCGGCGGGGCAGGAGGGCCGGCAAGACAGGGAAGGGCAAGGGCGGCCAGGGGGCCAGCGGAAGAAGCCCGGAGCGCAAGCCAGGGCAGCACGGCGGAGACCGGGAGAGCGGAAGGGAGCGCGAGGGCCAGGCACCCAGAAAGGGCCUGAACGGGCAGGGGCCGGGGGCAAGAGGGGGGAACAGCGCACAGCAAAGAACGGGCAAAGAACGGGGCAGGCCAGAAGAGGGAGAGGCACAGCAGGACGGAAGGGCAGCGGGGACCACAACCAGAGGACGGACGGGGACGGGGGAGGGCGGCAGGGACGGCACCCAGAGGGGCCCAGUGUGUCGGGCGGGGGAGAGGGGACCCCACGCGGCCACCAAGGCACCGGAAAGGGCCCGACAGGGCGGGGCGCAGACGGGACGCAAGGCGGAAGGGAGAGCCGGGCGGCGGCGCGGGCCAGGCAGAACACGGACAGGCCGGGCGGGCAGAAAAGCAGGGCACAGAACGAGCAGGAGGCGGGGCAGGGCACGGCGGGAGAGUGCAGGGCAGGAGGAGCCGGCAGGAAGGUCGGACCACAGGAGGGAGAAGGAGGAGGGAGGCCCGGGAACGCACAGGGAGAAGGCCGGCAAGGACAACAAGCGCGGCCGAGAGGGGGACACCACGGGCCGGCCAGAACCCAGGACAGACCCGCACGCCAAAGCGAGGCCCGCGGCCAGAGGACAGGCCGCGGAGAACGCGCAGGCCGGCACGAGGAAACGCGAAGCCGACCAUCACCCAGGGGGAGACAAAAAACCGCAACGCGGCAGGGAGAGCCGGGGGCCAACCGGGCGGCGGCCAGAGACGGUGGGGCCCAGAGCGACGGGGGGGCCGGGAGGCGGGGGAAAGACCGGCCGGACAACAGGGCCGACAAGCCCGCAGGCAGGCGGCGCGCAAGCCGAGGGGCGGAACAGGUCGGAGCCACGGAGGAGGGAGCGGGCCGGGAGCAGAGAGAGACCAACAACCACAGCGAAAGCAAGCGCGGCAAACGCGGGCGGGAAAGACGGCAAACGAGCGGCACGGCAGGGCAGGGGACCGGGGGGCAAGGGAGAGGGCGGGAGAGAGAGCCAGGAAAAAACGGGGCGGCAAGGAGGCAGGGAGGGCCACGGCGGAGAAACGCGGCCGGCCGGCCGGAGCGGGCGGAGGCCCGACGGGCAGGACGAGGGGACAGCGGGAGAGCGAAGGGAAGAGGAGCGCGCGCGGGGCCGCCGGCCGCCGGGGGGAGAGAGAGAAGAGCAAAGGCGCGGCACGGACGAGGGCGGGGGGCGCACCAAAGGGGAGGGGCGGAGGCGCGGGAGCGGCGAAAGGAAGGAGCGGGAGACCGAGGCCGGGACGCGGGAGCGGGAGCGAGGGGGAUGGGGAGGGGGCGGGCAGGGGCGGGACAGGGGGCACAACAGCAGCCGCGAAGGAGGCGGGGCAGGGCACGGCAAGCGCAACACGGGGCGGGACAGGGAAGACAGCCGCCGCCCGCACGGGGGGACCCGGCGGCAGGCCGCAGCCGGACAGAGACGCGCCAGCAGGACAAGGCCACCAGCCAGACGGCGCGGGCGGGGCAGGAGGGCCGGCAAGACAGGAAGGGCAGGGCGGCCAGGGCCAGCGAAGAGCCCAGGAGCGCGAAGCACCAAGGGGAGCACGGCGGAGACCGGGGGGAGCGGAAGGGGAGAGCGAGGGCCAGGCACCCCAGAAAGGCGCGGAACGGGCAUGGGCCGGGGGGAAGAGGGCGGAACAGCGCACAGCAAAAGAACGGGCAAAGCGGGGGCUAGUGCCAGGAAGAGUAAGGCACAGCAGUACGGAAGGCAGCGGGGGGACCACACCAGAGACCGGACGGGGACGGGGGAGGGCUGGCAGACGGCACCAAGGGGCCAGGGCGGGCGGGGAGAGGGUGACCCCACGCGGCCACCAAGGCCACCGGAAAGCCCGACAGGGCGGCGCGGGAAGGGCCCGAGCGCGCACCGGCCGAGCCAACAGGGCGCAGACGGGGCGCAAGGGAGGGAGGAGCCGGGCGCGGCGCGGCCAGGGCAGAAACACGGACAGGCCGGGCUGGCAGGAAAGCAGGCACAGAACGAAGCAGGAGGGCGGGGGGCAGGGCAGGCGGAGAGGCAGGGAGGAGGAGCCGGCCAGGAAAGGACCACAGGAGGGAGGAGAGGGAGGCCCGGAACGCACCCAGGGGACAGGCGGCAAGGACAAACAAGCGCAGGGAAGAGCACGGGGGGCCAGACCGGGCGGGCCAAGAACGGGGGGGGGCCAGAGGCGACGGGGGCGGGAGGCGGGAAGACCGGCCGGACACAGGCCCGACAAUGCCCGCAGGCCAGCGGCGCGCAGCCGAGGGCGGACGCAGGCGAGCACGGAGGAGGGGGCGGCCGGGAGCAGAGGAGAAGAGCCACAAACAGCGACAAGCAAGCACGGCAAACGCGGGCGGGAAAGACGGCAAACGAGCGGCACGGCAGGCGGGACCGGGGGCAAGGGAGAGGGCGGGAGAGAGAGCCAAAAAACGGGGCGGCAGGAGGCAGGAGGGCCACGGGCGGAGAACGCGGCCGGGCCGGGCCGGCGGCGGCCCGACGGGCAGGACUGAGGGGCAAGGCGGAGAGCGAAGGGGAAGAGGAGCGCGCGCGGGCCGCCGCCGCGGGGGAGAGAGAGAAGAGGCAAAGACAGGGCAGGCAGCAGCGGGGCGCAGCCAGGGGAAAGGCAGGGAAGCAGGAAGCAACGGGGGAGGCGAGAGAGAGAAAGAAAGCGCAGGGAAAAAAGGAAAACGAAAGUGGAAGGGAAGCGAAGGGGCAGGCGGGCCAGCAAGAGGGGAAGGGAGGUAGGAGCGGGGGGGGGCGAGCGCCGCCGGAGCACCAGGAACGCACAAGGCAGCAGGGAGCAGACGGCCGCAAAGAGGCGGAGAGAAGCGGGACGGAGGCGGGAGGCCGGGGAAAGGCAGGGCGGCACCAGACAGCCACCGCCAACAAACGGCGCCGAGGGCACAAACCCCACCGGCGCGGACCAGACAGGGCGGGGCAAAAAGGGGCGCGCACGGACGAGGGGCGGGGGAGCGACCGAGGGGAGGGGCGGAGGCGCGGGAGCGGCGAAGGGAAGGGAGCGGGUGAGACCGAGGCCGGCGACCGCGGGAGCGGGAGCGAGGGGGAGGGGGAGGGCGGGCAGGGGCGGGAGCAGGGGGCACAAACAGCAGCGGACAGGAGCGGGCAGGGCAGGGCAAGCGCAAACACGGGGCGGGACAGGGAAGACAGCCGCCGCCGCAGGGGGGACCCGGGCCGGCAGCGCAUGCCGGACAGGACGCGCCAGCGGACCAAGGCCACCAAGGCCAGGACGGGCGCGGGCGGGCAGGAGCACGGGCAAGACAGUAAGGGCAGGGGGGCCGGCGCCAGCGAAGAAGCCCGCGAGCGCAAAGCCCAUGGGAGCACGGCGGAGACCGGGGGAGCGGAAGGAGGAGAAGCGAGGGCCAGGACCCAGAAAGGCGCCGGGAACGGGCAGGGGCCGGGGGGAAGGAGGGGGGGAACAGCGCACAGCAAAGAAACGGGCAAAGCGGGGCAGGGCCAGGAAGAGGAGAGGCACAGCAGAGUGACGGAAGGCAGCGGGGUGACCACACCAGAGGAACGGUACGGGACGGGGGAGGGCGGCAGGACGGCCACAGCAGGGGCCAGGGCGGGCGGGGAGAGGGGACCCCACGCGGCCACAAGGCACCGGAAAAAGGGCCCGGACAGGGCGGGGGGGAAGGCCCGAGCGCGCACCGGCCGACCAACAGGGCGCAGACGUAGCGGCCAAGGGGAGGAGAGCCGCGCGGCGCGGGCCAGGGCAGAACACGGACAAGGCCGGGCGGCAGGAAAGAGGCACAGAACGAGCAGGAGGGCGAGGGGCAGGGGCAGGGCGGGCAGAGGCAGGCAGGAGAAGCCGGCAGGAGGGGACCAAGGAGGGAGGAGGAGGGGGAGCCCGGGAAACGCACGGGGGGAGAGGAGCCGGCCAAGGACAAACAAGCGCAGGCCGAGGAGGGGGACAACACGGCGCCAGACCAGGACAGACCCGCCACCCAGCCAAAGCGAGCCCGCGCCAGAGGACAGGCCGCGGGAGAACGGCGCAGGCGGCGACGAGAAACGCGAAGCCGACCAGCACCCAGGGGAGGACAAAACCGCAACGCGGCAGGGGAAGAGCACGGGGCCAGACCGGGCGGGGGCCAGAGACGGGGGGUGGGGCCCAGAGGCGACGGGGCCGCGGAGGAGCGGGAAGACCGAGCCGGACAACAGGCCGACAAGCCCGCAGGCCAUGCGGCGCGCAGCCGAGGGCGGACAGGGCGAGGCACGGAGGAGGGGUGGCGGGCCGGGGAGCAGAGGAGAGAGCCAACAACACAGCGAAAAGCAAGGCACGGCAAACGCGGGCGGGAAAGACGGCAAACGAGCGCACGGCAGGGCGGACCGGGGGGCAAGGUAG